AUUGAGGCUCUGAGGCCUAGUAAAAGAAGAAAGGUUGAUAUGGAUCCGAAUUCGAAGUUUGCAGGGAUUGAGGAUAUACAGAGAGCUCAAAACGCGGCCAAUCGCCACGAGGAUAGUCUGAAUGAAGAGAGCGAUGUCGAAUUACCUACUGAUGAGGAGGAUUGCAUCGUGGUGGGU